AACAUCUGACAGACGGUCAGACAAGUUGUGUACUAUGGAAACUGUCACUUUAUGAUUUUUCCCCCCUUAUUCUUCAGUUUUUCAACUCUCAAGACAAUAGAUUUAUUUAUUUCAUCUGAAUAAAAUCACAUCACAUCUGCCAAGAUGGAUAAGUUUCGUAUGAUGUUUCAGUUCCUCCAAUCCAACCAGGAAUCUUUUAUGAAUGGGAUCUGUGGUAUCAUGGCACUAGCCAGUGCUCAGAUGUACUCUUCCUUUGAGUUCAGCUGCCCCUGUAUGCCUGAAUACAACUACACAUACGGGAUAGGACUGCUUGUCAUUCCCCCCAUAUGGUUCUUCAUGUUGGGUUUUGUGUUGAACAAUAAUGUGUCUGUGCUGGCAGAGGAGUGGAAGAGACCCACGGGGAAACGGAGUAAGGAUCCAACAAUCCUUCGCUACAUGUUCUGUUCAAUCACACAGAGAUCCUUGAUCGCACCUGCUGUGUGGGUGUCUGUCACUCUCAUGGAUGGGAAGAGCUUCCUCUGUGCUUUCAGCGUAAACCUGGAUCUCGACAGGUUUGGGAAUUACAGUGUGGUGAGGGGGAUGUCAGAGGUGGAGAGGCUAAGGAUGCUGGCAAGAAUUCCAUGCAAGGACUUGUUUGAGCAUCAGGAGAUAAGAGACGCAGCAUCACGAUACAUCAAGUGUAUAUCACAGGCAUGUGGAUGGAUGUUCCUGCUCAUGAUGACCUUGACAGCCUUCAUGAUCCGGGCCGUUCGACCAUGUUUCACUCAAGCCGCCUUCCUCAAGACAAAGUACUGGUCUCAUUACAUCGACAUUGAGCGCAAGAUGUUUGAUGAGACAUGCAAAGAGCAUGCCAAGAGUUUUGCCAAGGUUUGCAUCCAGCAGUACUUUGAGAACAUCAGCGGGGAGAUGCACAGCUUCCACAAACAUCGCUCCAGCAGGGACGACAGUGACGAUGAGGAUGAGGAAAAUAAGAAAAGUGAUGAAGAAAAGCUCCUGGGUAUCAGAGCUCAGGAUGAUAUGAACAAAGUUUUAUGGAACUGGCACACCUGUAAGCCGGCCCUGAGUCUGAGAAAGGACCAAAUAGAUGGACAAAACAAUGGUAAACUGAAUGGAGAGGUCAAUGGAGCAGCUAAUGGAUUUGUAAAGGGACACACCCAUGAGGUGGAGAAAAGGGAAUGGGCGGUGUACUACAGUAAGGUCUGAAGAGCUAAAAGGACAAAGACAUGCUUCGUUGGCUCUAUUUUCACUCUCAAUAAUCUGUUUCAGAGUUUCAGGAAUCAUUCUGUCAUAACCCAUGUCACUUUUAAUCAUUUUGUUAAAAGUAAGUUAGAAUAUCUUCUAUUGUGAUGAAGCUUAAUAACAAGUUUACUUCAAUUCAUACAACAUAUAAGUGACUGAAAAUGUAUGUUUGUGUAGUCUAUAGUUUGACUGAUGGUACAGUUCUUGAGAAUAACACCUACAAUAUGCAGAACGUGCUGGAUUGUCAACAUACUUCUGGUUCAAAUACAGAUCAGUUUACUUAAAAUGUCUGUAAAACUUGUUUCUCUUUUUGAAGAAACUCCCUCCUCUACAGGUCAUGAAUUAUUUAAAAACGCACUGCUGCUCUCUGAGGGACAGACUCGGAUCAGGUUCUUUCUUUAACGUCCUCUAUAAGGGAAACCUGUUUUCACAGGAAAAACUUCCAAAACAAGUUUUAAACAUCCAAAACAUUACAACGACACGUGUUAAGAAUUUUGAGACUUUUAGAGAUUUUUAGAUGGAUUUGAUUCAUGAAAUAGAAAGAGAUUUUGUGUUAUAAUAUAGAUUUCAGAACAUGACUGAUGUUUAUGUCAGAUGUAAUACUAAGCUGCAUUAUCCUGUACAUCAUAACAGAAUUUAAAUUAAACACCAGACAGUGACUGUGUUAGAUUUGAUAUGCUGUUGUUUAGGAUGUGUAAGAAGCAUUAUCAUAUUUAGGAGGGUGUUAUCAUUUCUUGACAGCAGCCACACUGAGAGACUGCCUGCAGUGUCUGCAGACAUUAUUUGUAUUUUAUUUUUAUUUUUAAGUUAUAUUUUUGGGCAUUAUGCCUUUAUUGAUAGGACAGCUGUAGAGAGACAGGAAGUGUGGGGAGUGGAGAGCGGGAAAGACAUGCGGGGAAAUGUCCUCUGUGACAAGGACUGUAGCCUCUGUAUGUUGGGCACUUAGACCGCCAGGACACCAACCCCCCAUUUAUAUUUUCUUUAAUUGGCCUAGUGAUUGCAGGCAUUGUCCGAUGCAGAUUAUUUCAAAAUUCCAUUAAUCUACCCAUAAUUAAUGUUAUUGAGUGUUUGUAUUGAUCUCAACUGCAGGCCCACCAUUCAUAGUCCCAAAGCAUGAAGUUUUAACAUUUCACAGGUCAUUUUGGUGAAGAAAAAAUCUGUAUGCAAUUCAAGCCCCUGCUGUUCCUCACUUUUAGCAAGACUGUCCUUUUUCACCAAUGGAAACCUGAAUCCCCAACAAUAAACAGUCCUGCUUUAGUUAACAUGCAUAUUUAUCCUGCUGCUACAUAUGUUUU